CAAAACUUACCGACACCUAACUGUAUACAUUUAAAAUGAAGCUCACCGUAGAUGGAUUAUUAGUGUAUUUCCCUUACGAUUACAUAUACCCAGAGCAGUAUGCAUACAUGCUUGAAUUAAAACGAGCUCUUGAUGCAAAGGGCCAUGGACUACUUGAAAUGCCGUCGGGGACAGGCAAAACUAUUUCAUUAUUAUCAUUAAUUGUUGCUUAUAUGAUACAAAAUCCACAUCAUGUCAGAAAGUUGAUAUACUGCUCCCGUACUGUCCCAGAGAUAGAGAAAGUGUUAGAAGAGCUGAAGAAUCUUAUUAAAUAUUAUGAAAAGAGUCAAGGGGAGAAGCCUAGUCUCACUGGAGUAGUACUUAGUUCCAGGAAGAAUUUAUGUGUACAUCCAGAUGUGUCAAGGGAAAGAGAGGGGAAGCUGGUUGAUGGCAAAUGCCACUCUCUCACCGCUAGCUACAUCCGAGAAAGACAUGAAAGUGAUGGCUCUGUGCCUAUAUGUCAGUUUUACGAGGGUUUUAACCGAGAAGGCAAGGAAUCAAUGUUACCGUACGGAGUAUACACAAUAGAUGACAUGAAGCAAUAUGGUGCUGAUAGAAAUUGGUGUCCAUAUUUCUUGUCCAGGUUUGCUAUAAUCCACGCAGAAAUAGUAGUCUAUUCGUACCACUACUUAUUAGACCCGAAGAUAGCGGAGGUGGUCUCUAAAGAACUGCACAAGGAGGCCGUGGUUGUGUUCGACGAGGCGCACAACAUUGACAAUGUAUGCGUGGACUCGCUCAGCGUGAGGAUCACUCGCCGCACUAUAGACAAGAGCACGGCCGCGCUGCAGCAGCUAGAGAAGACCGUCGCACAUAUGAGAGAGCAGGACGCGGCGCGGCUGACGGCGGAGUACGAGCAGCUGGUGGAGGGGCUGCGCGAGGCGGCGGCGGCGCGCGAGACCGACACCAUACUCGGCAACCCCAUACUGCCGGAUGAAGUGCUCAACGAGGUGGUGCCCGGCAAUAUCAGGAACGCGGAGCACUUCCUAGGCUUCCUGAAGCGGUUCAUAGAAUAUCUUAAAACCAGGCUCCGAAUACAGCAUGUCGUACAGGAGUCACCCGCAGGUUUCCUCAAAGAUCUAGCAUCACGGGUCUGUAUAGAACGUAAACCGUUACGUUUCUGUGCAUCUCGGCUGUCCUCGUUACUCCGCGCGCUGCAGAUCCCCGACCCUUCAGGGUUCGCGGCGCUGACGCUGGUGACGCACCUCGCCACCCUCGUGGCCACUUACACCAAGGGCUUCGUCAUCAUCAUCGAGCCCUUCGAUGAUAAAACGCCCACCGUCUCCAACCCUAUAUUGUAUUUCUCUUGUAUGGACUCAUCAAUAGCUAUGCGGCCCGUGUUCGCGAGAUUCCAAUCAGUUAUAAUAACAUCGGGAACAUUAUCUCCCUUGGACAUGUACCCCAAGAUCCUGGACUUCAACCCUGUCAUCAUGAGCUCCUUCACCAUGACCCUGGCGAGGCCCUGCCUGCUGCCCAUGAUAGUGUCAAAGGGCAGCGACCAGGUGGCGAUAUCGUCGAAGUACGAGUCGCGGGAAGAUGUCGCCGUCAUCAGGAACUACGGACAACUGCUCGUUGAGAUAUCAGCGUGUGUGCCGGAUGGCGUGGUUUGUUUCUUCACCUCUUACCUCUACCUGGAGAGUGUCGUCGGCGCCUGGUACGAUCAAGGCGUGGUGGCGAGCCUGCAGCGACACAAGCUGCUGUUCAUAGAGACGCAGGACUCCGCGGAGACCAGCUUCGCACUCAUCAACUAUAUCAAGGCGUGCGAGAGCGGGCGCGGCGCGGUGCUGCUGUCGGUGGCGCGCGGCAAGGUGUCGGAGGGCGUGGACUUCGACCACCACCUCGGCCGCGCCGUGCUCAUGUUCGGCAUCCCCUACGUCUUCACGCAGAGCCGCAUCCUCAAGGCGCGCCUCGACUACCUGCGCGACCAGUUCCAGAUACGUGAGAAUGACUUUCUAACUUUCGACGCGAUGCGACACGCCGCGCAGUGCGUCGGUAGAGCGCUCAGAGGCAAAACGGAUUACGGUAUAAUGAUAUUCGCGGACAAGCGCUUCAGCCGCGCGGACAAGCGCAGCAAGCUGCCGCGCUGGAUACAGGAGCAUCUGCGCGACUCCCUCUGCAACCUCAGCACAGAGGAGGCUGUGCAGAUCUGCAAGCGCUGGCUCCGUCAGAUGGCGCAGCCCUUCACCCGCGAGGACCAGCUCGGCGUCUCCCUGCUGACGCUGCAGCAGCUCCAAUCACAGGAACAACAGGAGAAGAUAGAGAAGCAAGUUAUACAGAAGUAGACUAGAUGAAGUACAAGAUUUGUGGAAAUGUUAACAUUAUUUUUGCAUUAAAGUAAGACAUAUUUUUAAAAUCAA